GGCCAUUUGGUGCAGCAAAUUCGGUAUGCCUGAAAUCUCCUCUCCUCACUGCUCCGCUCUCCCCUCAUUCUUCAGAUGCCUCUCCAUCGCAUCCGCCUCCUCCCCCUCCCCCUCCCCCUCCCCCUCCGUCCCUAACAAAAGAACCCAAACCCCAAUUCUCGAAACCCUCUCAUCCCAUAAGAAAGAGCAAAUCUCUCUCUACGUCGGUGCUCUGCUCCAAUGGAACCAGCGGAUGAACCUGACGGCAGUGACCCAGGAGGAUGAGGUGCUGAGCAGGCAUGUUGAGGACUCGCUUGCCAUCAUCCCAAUUAUGCUGCGCUCCUACCUCUCUAACUGCUCAUCCACUUCCUCCUGUGAUGGCAUUGAUGUCAUUGAUGUCAUUGAUGUUGGUUCUGGCGCUGGACUACCUGGACUCAUCCUUGCCAUCGCUUAUCCAAGUUGGAAAAUCACGCUUUUAGAAUCAAUGCACAAACGGUGCUUAUUUUUGGAACAUGCUGUUAGCCAUAUUGGCUUGUCAAAUGUGCAAAUUUUACAUGAAAGAGCAGAGAAUGUUGGUCAAAAUGUUGCUUUUCGAGAGAGGUUUGACGUAGCAGUGGCAAGGGCUGUUGCAGAGUUGCGGGUUUUAGCUGAGUACUGCAUUCCAUUUGUUCGUGUUGGUGGCUUGUUCAUAGCUGCUAAAGGUUAUGAUCCUCAGGAAGAAGUUAAGAAUGCAGAGAAAGCUAUCCAUCUGAUGGGUGCUUCCAUAUCAGAAUUAAGCUAUGUGAAAUCAUACAGCCCUCAUGGACAACGAACUGUUGUUACUUGUUUGAAGAAGCGUUCAACCCCUCGCAGGUACCCUCGUCAGCCUGGUACUCCGUCGAAGAUACCUCUGUAGACCAUAUUUAAGGAUGGUUUAUGAGCUCUUUAUAAGAAGAUAAAUAUUAAAUUUGUAACAUGCUGGUUUAUGAGCUCUUUAUAACCUGUGAAAAGAUGGUGAUGGUUUAUGAGCUCUUUAUAAGAAGAUAAAUAUUAAAUUUAAAUGUUUUUUGGGAAUUUUGCGAA